ACUUUCUUUCUAGAUCGGCGCGGCGGAGACUUGUAGCAAUUUCGUGCCGUCUCACUCAGCCAGUUGCCGCAGCGCCAAUUUAAUAAUGAUUUGCGCGAAAUAAAGUUAGUCUCUUUGUUCAUUCCACCGGAUCAACAGCUCAUCCCCUCAGAAAUAAGCGCUCGUGAAACGAAAACUCCGUAGCCAUGGAUGAUGAGAAAGCAUCAGCCAGAGUGGUGGUGAAAAAUACCCGCGGAGCGGAGCCGCUAGACAUUGUCGAUGACUUCCAGCGACGCAAGCUGGUGCUGAACAAGCACUGGGUUCGCCCGAAAUUCCUCCAGUACAACUACAUGUACAACUACCGCCAGAACUACUAUGAUGACGUCAUAGAUUACCUGGACAGACGGGCUCGCGGAAUGCCCGGUGAUAUUCCACGUCCACAGUACUGGGCCGAACGUGUCCUGCGAACUGAGAGGAAAACGCCAAAGAGCAUCGACGAAAUGUACAACUACACCAACAUCGGAUUGAAGCGGGAUGACAAGAAGCUUAUGUACACUCUAAGUAAUCAGAUCAAGUCGUACAACUUCCACUCGAAGCGCUAUCUUAACAGCAAAUAUUCUAGAAUUUUGUAAAACAUCGACUUAAUCUUCUAACAAACCAUCGUACCAAAAAAAAAACAGAACUGGAAAUUUCGUUAACUGCUUUUGAUUCGAACGCUAUCAAAACUACCAAAAGGCAGAUCGAAGCAGGCGACUCGACCGUCAAAGUGUGCUUCUAUUCGCAGCAACCGGCGCCCUUUAAACUGCCCGCAAAAAAAUAGCAAAAUGAAAAACCAUUUUCCCGCUAUUUAUCCCAUAUAAAAAAAAACCCUUCCCCAUUCCAGAGCAAAAUCCCCCACCCAAGAAGAACUUUCAAACUUUAUUUUACUAACGCUAAGAAGCUUUCACACAGAAAAUGGAAUUAACAGAGAGACUACAACCAAACGAAAACAUGCAAACGACAACCCUAGUAGGAAAUCCUUUUUAGUUUAGCCGAGCACAGGGGGGCAAAACGACCUCGUUGUAUCAGUAGACCCUUUUUGUCCCGCUUUGUUUUCAAGCGGGGUCUCCCAAUCCAAAUCCCAUAGCUUUUUGCAUACCUUAGACCUCAUAGACGCAUAGAGAGAGACACUUUACGGUAUCCUUCGGGAAACUAACAAAAUGAUUUGAUUUUUUUUUCGCACAAAACCCUUUUAUUUUAUAAGCGCGCACCAUAACCUAUAAGAAAGGAUUUUUUGAAGCAAUCUCUAAACAGAACUUAUACUACAUAACCGCUGAUUUCAAUUCGUUUGAUUUUAAACUCACAUAUUUAAUCGCUUAUAAUCUGUUUGCCUUGAUACCAAUUUUAAGACAGCUAACCGUUAGUGUUACAUAGCAAAAUAAAAAGCACUUGUAGGAUUGACGUAUCUUUGACAACAAAUGCAAUUCUUGUAGGUAGAAGACAACCUCUAAGAUCUUACACCGUCUACCGAGUUUGGUGGUAGAGAAAAUGGUGAUCACCAUGUGCUUACCGAACAACAUCGUCCAGAACAUCCGGACCUUCAACAUCUAUCGAAACCAAUCACCAUUUUCCGCGCUUCCAAACUACAAGAACAAAGACAACUUCAAACCGCAAGCACCACAAACAGCGAUGGCAACUUUUAUCAUCCACAUACAUGAAGCAUAAAUAAUAAACCGAAGCCAAUGAUCUUUAUAUUGCAGUUUAUGUUUAAGGGACUACCUCCCACACCGUAAACCUUGGAGCUAAUGAAAUCUCUACUAUAUCUUCAUUUAUUUUAUUUUUUUAUUUGAAACCCAAUAAAACUACUCUACCGAAUAAAAAGUAUCCUAGAACUUUGUAGAAUUUGUUUUUAUAUCCACUCACAAGAGUUUAUAGUUUAUUUUAAUUGCGCAAGAUUAACUGAAAGAAUAAAGUAACCGAUGAAGAGAGAAAUGA